UGACGCACGCGCGGGAGACCAUCGCAAUGGUUUACAGACCUAGUUGUGGUCACCGUCGACGCCACGCACACGAUAUUUGUAGAUCGAGCAACAAUAUCAGUAAGAAUGUUUUAGUGAUUUUGCUUUACACUGUCAUUUUGGAUGAAAACGGUUUGUGCUAUUCAUUGUUGGUCGCAACAGUGACGGAUUUCAGACACCAGAGACAAAGGGGAUAAAGGAUAGAGUAUAACAAAGAUGGAAAAGUGUCUUGAAUAUCUACCACUUAAGAGCUUUCACUCGCACGGACGUUUGAUUCUAAUUGUCUUUGGUGUAUUUGGCACAAUAGUGCUUUGUAUUUCAAUUGGUAUAAAUGUUGACAGCAAUAGCUCCUUUUAUUGCUAUAACGAGGACAUAUCAAAGAAGGAACAAAUCUCUCUUCUAAGAAAAUCCGAAUCCGAUUGUUGGAGGCAAUACAAAGAGAGGCUAACUUUCAACUACCCAAUAUUUCUUAUCGUUACUUUGAAUUUCGCUAUUGUUUUACUUGUAAGUCUCAUUUAUGGAUAUUUGGUAAAGCAUAGAGUUGAAAAGUACGGCCAGUUUAAUCUAACAAGAAAUAGAAAUCAUGUUAACGAAGCUCUUCUUCCAAGAAGUGGUCAAUACAAUCUUCGUUUGAGAAAAAUCGGAUUUCGUUUUUCCACGUUUUUCAUUUACGUCGUUUAUCUAGUUAUUCGUCUAGUAAUAUUAUCUGUCUUUGUGGUAGUACUAUUCCAAAUCCAUUUUCCAUUCGAAUACUUCUGCUCAUGGCAUCCUAAAGGAAAAGAAUCGUCUUCGUCGAAUUACAAUGUUUCUAAGUCAUACAACGGCACAUUACUUGAUUGUAAAAAUCCUAAUGGUGGUAAAAGUGAAGCCUUGAUGCAGGUUGUUGCCUGUGUGAAUGUAAGUGUGACAAUACUGACCAUUUUGGAGCUUUUUUAUCUUCUCUACGUUGCCUUCAACGAUAGCUUUUUUCGAACUGAGCAAGAAUUUUGUACAGUGUACUUGCUUCGGGAACGUAAAAGAAUCCGAAAGCUAUUAAAAAAUAUUAAAACCUCACCAAGCUUCGACAACGUGCUCCAAGUUAAAGACGAUUUUGGUGAAGAUGUGGAAUCGUUGCGAAACUUAGAUGAAAUUUACGUCAACGUUGUGAUGCAGACAGAAAGAGAGCGAAAGGAUGCCUAUCCAAACACGUUCAAUAGGCAUGAAAUUUUUAGGUUUAGUCUGAAAAUUUCUUCUUCAUUCAAACAAUUGAAAGGAAUAAUAGACAUUUUUAUGCCAAAUGAUGGUGGAAAAAGACGAUCUUAUCUACGAUCUAUAUUAAUUAUCGGAAGACCAGGAAUUGGUAAGACUAUGUUGACAAAAAAACUCGUGUAUGAAUGGAGAAACAAUUCUAAAGAAUUUUGGAACGAUAAAUUAGUCCUUUGCAUUCAAAUGCGUGCAUUUAGCAACGAAAAGGUCACUCUUAAAGAAAUGUUGAGUUGCUGUAUUGGUGUGGCAGUUAAGCAAGUGGAAGAGAUUUACAAUUUUACGUUGCUUUAUCCAAAGAAAACCGUGCUUAUUUUUGAUGGUCUUGAUGAGCUUACUGUUGAUGGUUGUCCAGGAAACAAUGUACAAUAACUGAUUUGGACGAGAAAAUUCCAGCGUUUUCUAUUUUGCGUAUGUUCAUCGAUGGUAGGUUGCUGUAUGGUGUCACCGUGUUAAUCACAUCGCGUCCUACGGCAGAACGUGCAUUUAAUGACCUAGAAUUUGAAAAAACCGUGGAGAUUCUGG